CCCCCGGAUAUCUGUGCACCAGUCCUCAAUCUGCGCAGCCCAUUGAGUAUCUAUAGGUGCUCCUCUACAAAACUAUGGCCGGCGCAAGUCCCAAGAAGAACGGCUCCGCGCCGCAGACACCCAAGCAGUCUCCUCCACACUCGUCACCGACUCCGUCACCCUCACGCGGCCCCGACGACGUGGACGCCGACGAGCUGACUGCGCUGAUCAAGGCUGUCAAAUUUGCACAUCCUGGAUUUGGCGUCAAGCGCGUACACGACCAGGUUCUAUCGCAUGGUGGAAAGUUUGCUCGUGUUCCCUUUAAGCGUGUCAAGCGUUACAUGCACAAGUUGGGCAUGAACUCGCCUUCGGAAGAGGACAAGACGCCUGUAAAGCUCAUGACAGUCGGCGGGGACGCUAAGUCGCUGCGUGACGGUGGUCCAGAGGCCUCUGGGGCCACAGACGAUAUGGUAUGGCUGCCUGUCAAGCUGGACGAGCCUGCGUCCAAGCUCCAGGAGUUCCCGUACCAAGCUGUAAUCCGAAUGACCACCAACGAGGAGGGCGAUGCCGAGGGCUCGCUCGGUGAGAUCUACAAGAUCCAGGUGGCCGUGGAGAGUGACGGAUCUCUCAGUACCAUUUCACCCUAUGCUGGUGUACAACAAGGCGCGUUCUCGCAAGACGUUCCUGCACCCAGACUCACCGGCCUAUCUGCCUGUGCAACGAUUGGUGACCGCGCAGGGUCAGAAGGGGAGCUGUUGGCGGCUCCAAGGCCUACUUCUGGGGCCGCUACUUCAAGAUCGAAGACAUGUUGUACAUCAACACGGAGAGGCUCGCACCUGCCCAGCUGUGGUAGGCGGUGAACGAGAGAGAGCUGUCGCAACAGGACCUGCAAAACGACGGCAGGAGGAUUGAUGAAAAGCGAGGUGUUGAUUUGGGAGAGAAGACACGAAGGAAAGGGAGGACAAGUUGGCGGGACUUGCUUCACAGUCGCAAUCUGGCGUCCGUGGCUUUGCGUUUUGCCCGAUAUAUUGACUGCUUUUUCACUUUUGCAUGUGCAUAUUCUGCAUAUUUUUUGGCGGUAGACCGAUGGAAGUUGCGUUUUUGAUGUCGAGACGCCGUGUUUGCUGCUGUGGUGCGGUUCAACCUGCUGUCCCUCCUUGCUCCCCGUGUUUCUCGAUAUGGUG